AUGCUUCCGCGGUCGGACUCUCCACCUCCAGAGGCGCAACUCCUCAAGAAGCCCAAGCCCUUCCCCUCCGCCAUCGUCGCCGCCUCCUCCACCCUGGAUCACUCCGGAAUGAGCACCGCUGCCGCCGUCCAGCCACUCCACCUCCCGCCCCGCCACCUCGCGGGGCUCGUCAUCGCCAUCCUCGCCCUCCAGCUCCUUCUAAUCCUCUCCGCCCGCUCCCUCCCGCCGCCAGCCUCCGCCUCCUCCAAAACCACCCGCCCAUCCCCUCCCAUCUCCACCCCCGCCGCCUCCGGCCCCUGCGCCGCCGGCUUGGUCUACGUCUACGACCUCCCCCCGAUGUUCAACAAGGAUGUCCUCGCCGCCUGCGCCGACCUCAACCCCUGGGCCUCCCGCUGCACCGCUCUCUCCAACGGUGGCUUCGGUCCCCCGGCCGCCGACCUCGCCGGCGUCGUUCCGCCCCACCUCCUUCCCUCCUGGUACUCCACCGACCAGUUCGCCGCCGAGCUCAUCUUCCACCACCGCAUGCUUGCCCACCGCUGCCGCACCCGGGACCCGUCCGCCGCCGCCGCCUUCUACGUCCCCUUCUAUGCCGGUCUCACAGUAGGCCGCCACCUCUGGUCCCCAAACUCCACCUCCGGCGACCGCGACCGCGACUGCGCACUCCUCCUCCGUUGGAUCCGAGACCAGCCCCCCUGGCGCCGGUCCAACGGCUGGGACCACUUCAUCACUUUAGGCCGGAUCACGUGGGACUUCCGCCGGUCCAGAGAGGGCGACUGGGGCGGGAGCUUCCUCUACAUGCCCGGCAUGGAGAACGUGACCCGGCUUCUCAUCGAGCGCAACCCGUGGGACGGCAAGGACGUCGGGAUCCCGUACCCGACCGGGUUCCACCCGCGGACCGCGGCCGAGGUGAAGGAAUGGCAGCGGUUCGUGCUGGGCCGGAGCCGGCCCACGCUGUUCAGCUUUGCGGGGGCGGCCCGGGCCGGGUUCAAGGACGACUUCCGGGGGCUUUUGCUGGGGGAGUGCCGGCGGGCAGGGAGGAAGUGCCGGUCGGUGGACUGUGGCGGCGGACGGUGCGGUAACCGAAGUGCGGAGACGGUGAGCUUAUUCCUGGACUCGACCUUCUGCCUCCAACCGCGGGGGGACAGCUUCACACGGCGGUCGAUGUUCGACUGCAUGGUGGCGGGGGCGGUGCCGGUGCUGUUCUGGCGGCGGAGCGCGUACGUGCAGUACGGGUGGUAUUUAGCUGGGGUAGAGGACUGGUCGGUGUUCAUAGAUCGGACGGAGGUCAGGAGCGGCGCGGUGAGCGUAAGGGGAGUGUUGGAGCGAAUCGGGGAGGAGAGGGCGAAGAAGAUGAGAGAGAAGGUGGUCGAGUUGAUACCGAGGUUGGUGUACGCGGCGGCGGAGGGCGGGUUGGGGGAGGGGAUGGAGGACGCGUUGGACGUGGCGGUAGACGGGGUCUUGAGGGGGUUCCGGGACCGGAAGCGGAGGAGCGGGGAAGGGGUAACGGUUUUGGGGAAAGGUUAA